CAUGACUUUAAUCAUUUAAAACAUUCUGGUAGUUUAUUUAAAUAUUUCAGUAAAAUAAUUCCUGAAGAAACUGAAAAAGAGAAACAUAUGAAAGCAAAAGUGACAAUCAAAGCAGAUGUUCAUAAUUCUCAAAUUUCUUCAUAUUCUAUUUGUACCAUAUUCGAUAAUAAAAAUAAAGAGUUAUCAAAAACUACUAAUGUUGCAAAUUCAGAAUAUAUACAUGAUGAUAUUGAUUUAAUAGAAUCAGAAAAAUCAUUUAUUCAGCCAAAUAAACAAAAAUGGUCAUUAAAAAUUCAGCUUCAAUCAAGUAAUAUACAUGUAUCAGAUAUAAUGAAUAUAUAUACCCCAUUAGAGACAUUACAAUUAGAAAAUAGCCAACAUAAUUCAAAAAAUGAAUUAUGUAAUAGUUUAUGGAUUAAUAAAUAUAAACCUAAUAAUAGUAUGGAAAUAGUAGGUAAUGAAGAAGGUGUGGCUAAAUUAAAAUCUUGGUUGAAAUAUUGGAAAUUGUUGAAAAAUAAUAAAGAAUAUAGUAGCAGUGAAGAAUUUUAUUCAUCUGAUUGUUGUGUAUCAAAUUAUGUAGAAAAUAAUAAAGUAGCUGUACUAAUUGGACCACAUGGUAGUGGAAAAACAGCUAGUGUUUAUGCCAUUGCUAACGAAUUAGGUUAUAAAGUUUUAGAAAUAAAUGCAUCGUCAAAACGACUUGGAAAACAAAUUUUAAAAGACUUUGAAGAAGCUACUAAAUCUCAUAGAGUGGAAAAGUUGCAUUUCAACAAUAUUUUUACUUCACUAUCAAAAAAAAAAAAAAAUAAUAACAUUUCCCAGAAUUCUCUUAUACUCAUGGAAGAUGUAGAUUUAGUUUUUGAUGAAGAUCAGGGGUUUGUAACAGCAAUGUUUCAAUUAGUUUCUAGUACAAAACGUCCAAUUGUUAUGACUCUUACAAAUAAUUGCUUUAAUCUGUGUAAAAUGGCACCACAAUAUCUUCAAAUUAAUUUUACAUCAGUAACUGGCAAAAAAGUAUUAGCAUUAUUACAACUUAUUACAUUGGCAGAAACAGGAUGCAAACUUUCCAUAAACUGUUUAAAUGCUCUUUGUCAAAAUGGAGACUUAAGAAAGGAACUUCUUCAACUGCAGUAUAUGCUAAUAUCAGAUAAGGAACAGAUUCCUUUCACUUCAUUGGCUAUAAAUAAUUCUUUUUUAAAGAAUAUACAAAUUUUUAUUUAUAAAUCCGCUAUUAAGGCAAGUAAAAAUAUAAAAAUGAAUCAUAUAUUCAAUGAUAAAAGUUUAAACACCGUUGUUCUAGAUAAAUUAGUUAACUAUUUAGAUAUUUUUAUAUUAAUAUCAGUACUAGUUAAUAUUGAUGAUCCAACGUCAUAUUUAUUUGAAUUAAAAUCUGAAUCUAGCUUAUCUCUUAUUGAACAUUCCGAAUAUUAUUCUAAUUUAGAUAAUAUAAGUGUAGAAAUUGGUUAUUGGUUUAAUGAUACAAUAAAUAAAUUAAUUUCUAAUGACUUUAAGAAAACAAAUAGUCAGAUAGAUAUAAACAAAUACCAGUUAUCAGUGAAAAAACAAAUAAAUAGCAGAAAAUCAAUCCUAUCAAAAAUUGUCUCAAACACAACCGACCAACAAGCUUUAGCCAUAGAUUACCUUUCAAAUAUUCGAACAAUAUGUAGAGCCGAAGAGAUUCGAAAUCAACUUAAUCAUAAAAGAGGCAACCGUUUUUAUCAUUAUUUACAAAGUUCAAAACUGAAAAUUGAAAAGUCAAGUAAUAUUUUAUCCAUUAUUACUACAAUUUUAUAG